AUGGAAGACCUCCCAUCAAAUGAGCGUGAAUGGUAUUCUUUUGAGAGGCAGGUUAGCCGUUGGCUCUCUGAGAAUGUACACGUGCUCACGCCCGAAGAGAGACAGCCAUUUACAAAAGCAUCGAUAAAUUCGAUUGGUAUUGGCUCAGGAAUGACUAUUUUAACAAAUUUAACGCUAAAUAGGUUUGGAAUAUUUAGCAAUAGGUUUAGGAGGGCAAUCGUCUCCUCUAUAGGUGGUAUUUACGUUACCACAAAGUAUAUAGCAAGCAAGAGAAGGGAGAUUUAUACCGAUCUCCUCAAGAGUCCUGGUACCACGGGUCAAGCUUGUAGAAAGAUUUUGGCUGCCACGAGGGCGGAUCCUACUGCACAUACGGGAUACCCUCAGGAAACACAUGCUCCAGUAGAUUAUUCAAAUUUUGGAGGACCUCAAGAGUCACAGGAAUUUGUCACAGAUAAUGUAAACGUUCCAAAAGAAACUGGAGGCUUCUUCCAGGAACAGGGACAAAGAACCGAAGUUGCAGAAAAGAAGGAUUUUAAAACAUGGGAAGAGAUUAGAAGAGAAAACCUCAAGAGAGACGGAUACACACAGUCUUCCGAGAGUUAA